AUGUUUGGAACGCGGAGGGGGCCAGACGCACGGAAGAAGACGACGAGCUUGGGGACAGUCCAUCCAGCAAUGGAGAGCUUAUGCGCACAAAACAGGCUGCGCGCGCUUUGCUCUUUUACAGGUGGACAUCAAAAAGCAUACAAUGGAGCUUCGGCCAGGUCGUGGAUCCUGGUUUUCUGCAAAAAAGGGAAUUCCGGGAUUUGUUCAGAAGAUGAUUUUUUUAUCGUCUUUUUCCUUUUGACAUUGGCUCGGUCACACUGGCAGGCCCUCUCUCACAUUACGACACCUUGCGGCAUGGCCCGGGAGGUGUUUCUCCCCAGUCGGAAAAGAACGGCGCGGUCUCAACAUCUCUUGACUACACAGGAGAUGCAUUCCCAGUUGGAGAGCUCAAGCUGGGCUGGGAUCACUGGUCGCCAACAGUGA